CCCAGGCUGUAAUCGUCUGCUGCUCGCUACACACACACACACACACACUGCAAUGGAUCGGUUAGCUCUAAACUCCUCAAUGUCAUCUAGUUAACACAUUUUGCUGCAAGGUGGACAGGCCGGAGGCUGUUGCUAGCCGCUCCAGGCAGAAGCCAUGCAGCAAAAGAGAAACAUCCAAAUCAUAGAAUGGGAGGACUUGGACAAGCGCAAGUUCUACUCUUUUGGCGUCUUCAUGACUAUGACCAUCCGUGCUACAGUCUACCCUGCCAUGCUCAUUCGCACCAGGCUGCAGGUUCAGAAGGGAAAAUCACUUUACAGCGGCACCUACGAUGCCUUCCGGAAAAUCCUGCGAGCUGAGGGGGUUCGGGGUCUUUACCGCGGUUUCAUGGUGAACACCUUUACACUCAUAUCAGGACAGGCGUAUAUCACGACGUAUGAGCUGGUGAGGAAGUAUGUCUCCAAUUACUCCAAGGACAACACUGUAAAGUCGCUGGUGGCAGGAGGGUCAGCAUCGCUGGUUGCUCAGAGCAUCACGGUUCCCAUCGACGUGAUCUCUCAGCAGCUCAUGAUGCAGGGUGAAGGGCAGCAUCUGACUCGCUUUAAAGUCAAACCACAAGCAACAUCUGGAGCGAAGCACAGAGUGACUUUCGGCCAGACGAGAGACAUUAUAGCUCAGAUAUUUGCAGCAGACGGGUUUCGUGGGUUUUACAGAGGAUAUGUGGCGUCUCUUCUCACCUACAUCCCCAACAGCGCGGUCUGGUGGCCUUUUUACCACUUUUACGCUGAACAGCUCUCUAAAAUGGCGCCGAAUGACUGCCCGCAUUUACUACUGCAAGCAGUGGCUGGACCACUGGCAGGUGCCACUGCCUCCACCGUCACCAAUCCAAUGGAUGUAGUCCGAGCCAGGGUUCAGGUUGAAGGCAGAACAUCAGUCAUUGAGACUUUCAAGGAUCUGCUCAGAGAAGAAGGAUCCUGGGGGAUGACCAAGGGUCUCUCUGCCCGCAUCAUAUCCUCCACUCCUACAGCAAUAGUCAUGGUCGUCGGCUACGAAACCCUAAAAAAACUGAGCCUCCGGCCAGAGCUGGUCGAUUCCAGACACUGGUAAAAGGAGCUGUUGUGUCUUAGCCGUCUCAUCAGCGACUUCCUCUGUCCACAUCAUUCAUUUCAGCUUGGGUCUUUUAACCAUGUUGCCUCAUGGCUUUUCACUGUGUCUUUGAUAUAAUUUUAUAAUUGAUGGUAACGGGAAUGCUUAAUUUGUCAUUACUGUCAGAGAGAUGUUUUAAAUGGGAAAUGCUGCUCAGGUCUAUGAGCAACUCUUCUCACUAGAAAAUUUUAAAAUAUUUUAUUGGAUAGAGGGAAAGUUUUAUUGUGUAAUAAUUUAUUUUUUGUUACAAGCUAGAUAUCUAAAGUUUUUGAUUUCAGUGGGGAAAUUUUUAUUUCAGGAUUAUUGUAAGUGGUACAUGUCCUUUGCCAGUUUGUGUUAAGUACUGCACUGGAUAUUGCUCCAUCUGACAUUUCUUUAACAUUCUUGUUUCUAAUCAAGUGUCAUUAAAUUAAUUCUAAAAGAAAAAGCAUAUUGUUUGAGUGUAAGAUACGUGUACUGCUCUCAGAAUGCACAAUAUGUGUAUACACAUACACAAACCUAUAAUUUGUCAGAACUUUCCUGUCAGUGUCACUCAGUUUUGAUUAUUUUACAUUUAGCAAAAGUAGCUUCUUCAAAAGAAACUUCUGUCCAGAGGGAUUUUAGUGCAAGACAGAGUUCGGUCCAGAUAUGCCGCUGAGGAGCUAAGGGUCUAGGGUUCUGCAGGGAUAUUUACAUUUGUACAUUUGUAUGCAUUUGGCAGGCUCAUAGGAUAACUCUUUUCAGCUCAUGGGACAAACCAAGUAAUUCGAGUAGAACUUUAACUGUGGCACUACUAUAGGGAGUACUAGAGCACUUAACCACAACAUAACUUCUGGAAAAUUAAUGGUCAGAACUUCUCUAAAAGCACAUAUCAAAGAUUAAGUUUUUGGUUUGUCGUAGCAAUUCACUAAAUAUCCAGCAGAUGGCAGACAAACCGCAUUUACUGUAGGAAUUGUACUUAAUACCAAUUGCAAUCCAGUCUCUUCUUAUUGCAUGCUUAAUACAGCAGUAAUAGAAUAUAAUUAUCCUUGUGCAACACAUUAAACCUUUAUUAAAAAUUUUAAAUUCA